UUUGCACUUGUGGCUGUAGUAAUAUUGUGGCUACAAAUAUUGUGUUUACAACAUAUUGUGUCAUAAUUCAACAGUUGAUAGCAAUUGUAAAUGUUUUCUUCAUAUUUAUUUUAGGAUACAGCGAACAACUAUGUCACCUAUUUUACUGAACGGUAUAGGGACUGUCGAUGACCAUUCUGAAUAUAUCGAACCCGAGGUCCCUUUCAAGAACCCCCAGAUCCAUGUGAAGAACCCCCAUUUGGAUACAAUGGAAGAGGACAUUCUCUAUCACUUCAACCUGGGGACCAAGACCCACAACCUACCAGAGAUGUUCGGAGACAUCAAGUUUGUGUGCGUCGGCGGCAGUGCCAAUCGGAUGAAGUCCUUUGCCCAGUUCAUUCACCAGGAGCUGGCCUUGCCCGGAAACAUGGAUGACGUCACAGACAUCUGUGAGGGAACCGACCGCUACUCCAUGUACAAAGUGGGACCCGUACUUUCUAUCAGUCAUGGUAUGGGCAUCCCUUCCAUCUCCAUCAUGCUCCAUGAGCUCAUCAAACUGCUGCAUCAUGCCCGCUGCAUCGACUUCAUCCUCUUCCGCAUUGGCACCUCCGGUGGAGUCGGUCUGGCACCAGGAACAGUAGUGGUCACAGACAAGGCGGUGGACUGCUUCUUCCGCGCCCAGUUUGAGCAGGUGGUUCUAGGUAAGGUGGUCACAAGGAGCACAGAGCUGGACGUGGGCGUCUCCAAGGAGCUGCUGCAGUGCUCCUCCGAGUUAGAGGACGUGCCCACCAUCAUCGGCAACACCAUGUGCACCAGUGACUUCUAUGAAGGUCAGGGUCGGCUGGAUGGAGCUCUCUGCUCCUUCUCCACUGAGGACAAGUUGGAGUACCUGAGGAAAGCCUUUAACACGGGAGUCAGGAAUAUUGAGAUGGAGUCCACUGUCUUCGCAGCCAUGUGUCGUGCCUGUGGCAUCAAAGCUGCAGUCGUAUGCGUGACUUUGUUGAACCGUUUUGAUGGGGACCAGAUCGCCACCCCUCAUGAUGUGCUGGUGGAGUACCAACAGAGACCUCAGGUUCUGGUGGCCCACUUCAUCAAGAAACGCCUGGGCCUCGUCGUCUAAGCUCCCUCCGAUCACCUCUGCUGCCCUUGGAGUGUAUAUAGCUACAGUCCCAACUGAUAUGUGGAUAUAUGUAUAUAGACAAGUUGAUAUGUGAUCAGAUAUUAUUUAAACGGAGUUGUAAGAGUACAUGAAAAUACAUUUUGCAAACGAAGCUCAAAGAGUGGGCUCUUAUGCAAUUGUGUGGUAUUUGUGUAUAUUUGUAUGGUAUUAUAUAUUGUGUGACUUGAGUACUUUGACUGUGUAGAUGAAAUCGUUUGUCUGUGUUACUUCUGGAUGACAUUAAGUCCCGUGACUUAAAAUGAAUCAAAUAUUUAAACAAAGAAGCACUCUGACUGUAAUUGAAUCAAAUGACUCAUGCAGGAGUUAGGCACUGGUGUAGCUGGGAUAUAUUUAGAAAUGGAAAUACAUCUGACUUCAUUGUACCUGACAUUUUAAAAUCAUGAAUAAAUUCAUUUCAGGCCUGGCUGA